AUGCAGGCGCCGGACAGCAGCGUCCAGUACUGUCGCUGGGAGCCAGGCAGCCAGGCUGGGGCCACCAUGGACACGGAGUCCAGCACAGGGGGCGCUCCCAGCUGGCACGGGCUCCUCCGUGCUGGGGCCCCUCCGCCAGGUCCUCCCCUGAGGGUCUCUGGGCGGCUGCGUGUGGCCCUGAAGGCGCUGAUCGUGCUGGUCCUGGGCUGGGUCGUCUUCAUCCUGGGCUACGUGACCGGCUACUACGUGCACAAGUGCAAGUGA